AUGGGAACUAACUUAAAAAAAUCAGACUAAAACAACUAAUAGACAUAAUAAAAAAGCAAAGUAUCCACUCCAAGAAGCAAGAAAACUCCAAAGCCAAUUUAAUCAUAAAAGCAGUCGCUAAAGAUAGGGGAUAAGAUUACAUAGGAUGGUAUAGUAUAAAAGAGCUAAUUAACUAAGAGCGACUCUAAAAUUACUAAUUAAAUGAAUACUUCAGAAGACAAUAUUAAAUUAAAUAAGAUAGAUAAAUAAUGUAAUGAAAACCAAGAUAAAAAAAGCUUAGGCAGCGCAUAAAAUUUUUAAAUGAAUUAGUAGAAUACAGAAAACUUAGGCGAAAUGAAUAAUUAUAACAAUAGCAUCCAUUUAAAUAUAAAUUAUUUUCCUUCUUGCAUGGAAGAACCCAAUUUUGCAGUACAUAAUAACUCCUCUAGCUCUCUUUCUAACUCAUCUGGAUAGCCGAAAAAGCAAAGAGUUAUAAUUAAAUAAUCCUAGUCAAAUGAAGUAAACUAAUUCUAGGGAGCACCCCAAGUAAACAAAGCAGAAAAUGUGUAUAAGAAAUCAGAAAAAAGGAUAAUAGACUUAUAAGAUAAUUGCCAAAACAACCAUAUAAAUGGAGUUGAUUUUAGCUUUCAAAUGAACAAUGACAACUGUUAAGGAGACUUUCAAAAUGAUUGUAAUCCAUCAUAAAUAACUCCUAGCGGGCUAUAUCAAAAUAAUCAAAAUUUGAAUUAGCAAAAUAAUAAAUAGUAGAAUUAAUAAAUUGCAUGGCUCCAACAAGCUAAAAAAGAAGACAUUUUAGAUCAUCAGCAGCAGAAUCAAUAAUAUCAAAUUAUUUUAGACAGAAAAAACUCAAAAAAUGCAAGCAAAGAAAAAGAGAAUCCUGAAAUAGGUUUGAAAUAAGCUCAUUAUAACAAUAAUUAUGGAAGCAAUGGCAAUAAUAAUAACAAUAAUAAUUUUAAUAACCAUGGUAAUUAACUCCUUAGGUAAAAUUAAAACUUACUUUAAAACCCUUUAGCUAUGCAGAAUAUGUAAAGUUCGCCAAUAAACUCACUAGUUGGCAGCAACGGAGAAAGAUAAAAGUUAAAUAUUUCUCUCUCUGAUUAGUUAGUAGUGAAGAAAAGUGGAAGAUAUUUAGAUGAUUAUGAUAAUGUUGAGUAAGAUUCAAACUCACAAAACAAUGGUAAAAGACUUAUUAUGCUAGGGAGAGGAGGGUUUGGCUAAGUCUUUCUUGUGAAGUAAAAAUAAGGAAAUAAAGAGGAGAGGGCGAUGAAAGUAAUUAUGAAAUCUGUCUAAGAAUCAAUUAGAGAAGUAAUGAUAUUGAAGAAAUUUUCACAUCCUAAUGUGCUUAAAAUUUACGAAUAUUUCGAAGAUGAUUAGAAUAUUUAUGUAAUCACUGAGAGAUGUUAUGGUUAUAACUUGUUCGAUUAUAUUAUACUAAGAGGAAAGUUUGUUGAAUAAGAAACUUGCAAGAUUGCUGAUGGUGUUUUAAGAGCUUUAGCAGAAGCUCACAAACAGAAUAUAGUCCAUAGAGACGUUAAGCCAGAAAAUAUCAUGCUCGAUUUCGAUGAAACAAGAUAAAAGUUUGUAGUAAAGUUGAUUGAUUGGGGUUUAGCAGAGGAGAUAAAAGGAGAUUAUUUGUCAAAAAGAUGUGGCACUCUUCAUUAUCUCGCCCCAGAAGUAUUAAAUAAAAGAUAUAAUGAAAAAGUUGAUUUAUGGAGUUUAGGCAUGGUCCUUUAUACUCUCAUUUAAGGAUCGCCGCCUAUUUGUGGCAAGUCCUAAAUGGAUAUUUUAGAAUAAGUUUAAGAAUUCAGAUGCGAUUUUAAAUAUCGUUGCUGGAUUGAUAUUUCAGACGAAGCUAAAGAUCUUAUUUUAAAGCUUUUAGAGAGAGAUUUUAAUAAAAGAAUCAGCGCAGCAGAAGCUCUCAAGCAUCCAUGGUUUCAUAAAUUCCUCGGCUAGGCUAAUAUCAACACUCAGGAUCUUACAAUUUCCUAUUAAAGUCUAGUUAAGUAUACUGAGCAGAACGCAUUUAAAAAGACCAUUUUAGGUUUCUUUGCAUCUCACGUAGUAUCAAAGAGAGAAAGAGUCAAAUAUAUUGAAAUGUUUUAAGCUCUUGAUACAGAUAAAAACGGUGAAUUGAGCAUUGAAGAAUUAAAAGCAGGAUUCUCUAAAAUAUUUGACAAACAAGAAUUGGAAGUUUGUGAAAAGAAUAUUGAAGAUAUAUUCUAAAAGUCGCUAAGUUCAAUGUUUGAAAACGCUUAAGGUAUUAAGUAUGAGGAAUUUAUAAGCUCUAUGCUAGCAUGCAGUGCAACCUACUCUUAAGAUCAGCUGCUUGAAGCUUUCCAAGUAUUUGACAAAGACAGAAACGGUAAGAUUUCAUUAAAUGAAAUAAUACAAACUCUUGGAAUCUAAGAGUAAACAGAAUUGAUAGAUUGUUUCAAAAAAAUAAUUGAACAAUCAGAUAACAAUUAAGAUGGUGAAAUAGACUUUGAAGAAUUCAGAUAAAUUAUGACCAAUUUCUUAGAUAAGCACUCUCAAGACCUUUUGUCCUAAGAAAUAUAUUUGUGA